UUUUUUUCCUGUCCUCGUUCUCUCUCUCUACAAGCCAAUAUGUAUCCCAUGUACAGUCAAUUACAGUGUAUUACAUUGGGGGCUAUGGAGGGGCGACACAGUCCCCCUCCAAAACUACAUCCUACUGAGUAUUUCCCACCCCACUUUAGCUGAGACAGGUAGAAAAGUUAUCUCUCUACAAGCCAAUAAGUAUCCCACCGUGUAUUGAGUUGCAGUGAAAGGAGUGGGUGGAGUAAGGAGUCACCAGUACUCUGUAUUAAACCUGUUGCCCAGCACAAGAGACCCAUUUAAGUUUUGAAAAUUAUAUUUUGAAUAAUUCCAGUAACAUAUAUUUGUAUUUUCUUAAAAGUGUAUUUCUUUAAAUAUAUCCUACAGAAUAGCUUUCAACAUUCCAGUAUUUGUGUAAACGUUCAAAAGAAAUGACGGUAUAAAUACAAAAUACGUCAAAAGAAAUCUACAUUCCCAGUUUAGCAUGUCUUUGCAGGAGAACUCUUAUUUUGAAAUAGAAAAUCCGCGAUCGUGCUGCCAGCAUAAUAUCCUGCUGCUAAGAGAACGGUAAUAUGCUGCUGCUACUCCUGCUGCUGCUGUCAGGCUUCUGCGGCGCAGGCGCAGUACACGAGGGAAGACUAACCAUCUUUUUAUUUUUGGUUUUUACACCGCCGUGGUGAGCAGCCAAGUACUGUGUGCCUAAUGGCAACAUGAUUUGGCUUAAAUGUCCACAGUAAAAAUGCUUUAUAAAAAUGUAUGAAUGAGCAGUACUAUGGACGUGGUCUUCAAUAAUCCAAUGAGUUUGUAAAAUAACAUUUUGAAAUUGCUAUUUCAUUUAAAUGCAAUUAUUUGCAAUCAAUGGUAAACACAUGAAUAUGUCUAUAAUGGCAUUAUGCUCCAUGUGUAGACAUGCAGCGAAUCUGUUAGCCUUAGCACAUGCUGUCCUACACAUUUGCACAUUUCAGCUUACAACACAUUUUAUGUUUAGCUAACAACUCAAAUGAAUGUGUUCAUUAGUCCACAACGGCACCUAACAUCAUCUUUUUGCUAAAUGUAUCAAAGUCAAGAUUGUGAAAAACAGAGACUCACACAGCAAAAGUGCGUGUUCCUCCGCCUUUGGUUGCACCGUCGAGAAAAACAUUUAGCCUCGACUUGUUGCUAUGCAACCGCAACGCCACCCGCCAGAUUCAUCACAACAAAAUGUCUGAAAGAAGACUGCAUGAGCCCAAAAUACCCAUGUUAUCCAAGGCAGAAAGGUCUCAAGGAGGAAGAUCUGUGAGACGUCCAGCCUCUGUCCCCUCAAAGAAACCAUCCACGAUAGACCUACUUGCUAAAGAGGAGGAAUACAAACGUAUAAAUGCAGAGCUGGAGGCAAAAACAGCUGAACUAGUAAGGCAAGCGGAACAGGUUAUGAGUGACCAAAAUGAAGUCUUGUCAAAGCCAAUCUCUUUCCACCUUGAUGUUGACAUUGAGGAUGAGGAUGAGGAGGAGGAUUUCAGGAAUGUGAACAUGCUGGAAUCUUCAGUUAGGAAGCCCACUGCUAAGGUAGUGACAAAGAAAAGGGUCACUUCAAAAUCCAAUUCACAAAACAGACCUCCUGGAAACCUGAGAAAAGCACAAACAACAAAGGCAUCUGCAGUUGAGGAUGUUGCAGUUCUUGAAGAUUUUGUGGAUUUUUCCUUGACUAAAACAAUACGUAACAUUGAGGGGAAGCUGGAUGAUGGAGAUACUCAUGACAAUCUUAUGGAAGACAUCAUGCCCAGUGUUGGGGAUGAGAUGGGAUCAGAUGCUCAGAUCCGUUUUCUCAAAGCAAAACUUUGUGUAAUGCAAGAAGAAUUAAACCGGCUAGCAUAUGAGUGCAACAAGAAGGAUGAUGCAAACAGUAGUUUAAGCACCAACAUAAAGGAGAUAGAGGAGGAUCGAACCAGACUACAGAAGACCACAAACAUUCAGCAAACCCAGAUAGAGAAACACAGAACUUUAGCGGAGGAGUCAAACAGAAAAUGUGAUGGGCUCCAGCAAGAAGUAACUGCUCUACAGAAGGAAAUCGAGGGUUUGAAGAGAGCACAAAAACAGGCAGCAACCAAUCACAGUGCCGUAGAGGUAAGACUGAACAGAGCCUUGGAGGAAGUUGAGAGGUCCAAGACACAACUGAGCAAGAUCAAGCAGAUGAGCAAGGACACAGCGGACCAGGCGCAUAAAAAAAUAGAAACCUUAAAAGCCGAAAACAAGAAGCUGGAAAAGCAAAAAGCAGAACUGAUAGUGGGUUUUAAAAAACAGCUAAAACUGAUUGAUAUACUGAAAAGGCAAAAAAUGCAUUUUGAAGCUGCCAAGAUGUUGUCGUUUACAGAAGAGGAAUUCAUGAAAGCUCUUGACUGGGGGAAAUCAUAAAGCAAUGCUGAAAAAUGUAUGUAAUACAAUCCUGCUUGCCUUGAAUUUAUUCUUAUGGUUAGCUACAACAUUGAUUAUGUGGCCUUUAACAUUGUGUGGACGUUAUAUAGUCUGUAUGCAUUUUUCAUUUAUACAGAAUAUAUUUGUAAUGCAGUUGGAUUUGAAAAGGUUAGCAUUUUAUUAGAAUAAUGGGUUAAAGCAAUUUAAACUGUAGUUGCAUCAUCACCUAAUAAAGGAAAUUGUGUAGUUUUUUAAAUUACCAAAUGACUUCACCUGAACAUUUAUGCACCUCCAUGAUAUGAUUUAUAUGUGAUAUGCAGCUAGUGGAAUACAAAUGUGUCAUUGCAACUUAAUACAUUUUUGAGUACACCAUC